AUGGCGCCAAAGUCUAUAAAUAAAAUCAGAACCGUGGAGCUGAUAAAUGUGCAGAUAUGUGUUCCCCUCUGUACGAUUCGAUUCCAGCUCUGCCCGGUCAAGGCGCUGUGCCCGUCUACCAUCUCCGCCUCUUGCCCGGCGGAUUCUGUGGAUCUGAGAAGCGAGCAGAGAGCUCGUUUGGUUUUGCGGGAGCGUUACCUGCGGAAUCUGAUCGCCAUGGUUAAAAGAGACGUGAAGUUCACCAUGUACGAGAAGGUGAAAGUGGACGCAGUGUUUGCAGGCUCGGAUAUCGACAUUUUAAAUUUCCAAGUGACAGAUUUGAAGACCCCGCUUGGGAUGCAAAAGGAGGCGCUGAUUCGCUGCCCGGACGUCAUCUCCUAUUCCUUCGAACUCGAUUUCAGUUUGUGAAAUUUUAAAGGCAAUGGAGAGGUCAACUUGAUGUAUUAGUUUUAAAAGCAAUGUUUUUGACCUGGUUGACUGAAUUUAACAUGACUCCCUAACCCAUGUAUUUCAAUAGGACCACCAGCAAAUCUCUUGUUUCCUCUUACCUUUUGAGAAAGAUCUUUACGGUAUGUGUAUGAUUUAUUUGGUUGUUUACUAACUAAAGACGAUAACCUAACCAGAGUUAAGUAUAGUACAGUUCAUUCUCUAAGCUGAUCCAAUCCAAGAGGAUCCUGUUCACACUAGUAUACUGUUAUGCCUUUAAAUCUUUGUUUUAUGUCUCUGAUUCCCAUUUCAUCAAAAAACAGUAUUAACCCUUUGAAUAAAACAGACCACUGUAAUACAUGAUUGACAUACUUGUCAAAGAAUGAUGAUAUUGGAGUUUGUUUUACAGCUGCUGGCAGUUUGCAUGUUAUUAGAAUGCAUGUUUCGGAUGAAAGAUCAAUUCCAGCUGGUUUGGAUUAGCGUGGGCCUACUGUGUGUGAAAUUGCAAUAGAAUAAAUUAUAUGUUGCUUUAAUGAUCGCUGUACCAUAACUAUCUAAACCAGCCAUUCUGCCUCCCUGCUACAACUCCACUGACUAAAACAGCUAUGCAAG